AUGAAGCUCAUCAGUGCCUCGUCCGUCGUGGUGGCUGCCACCGUCAUCUCGGCCGCCAACGCCGCUGCUUUUCCCUCUCUGCCCAGCAUUCCGGAAAGCUGCUUGGAGAUCCCCAAGGUCCUGGGCAACAAGCCUCUGCAGCUCCUGCAGUACUUCCACAAGGAAGUGUGUGAGCAGAACUGCACCGCCACCAUCAACCAGCACAACGCCUACGUCCAAAACCAAGUUCUCCCGCAGCUCAUCCAGGACCUGGACCAGAAGCUGGGUAUCUCUGCCACUGAGCAAGCGCAAUUCAAGCAGCUCCACACCCAGGCCGUUGCCGCCGUCGAGAAGAGUUGCUCUGCCAAGGGCAACAAGCCCCUCUGCAACGAUAUUCAAGGGCUGGUUGAUUAUGGAUUCUGCGCCUUCCAGGCCACUGAGCCUAUCUUCAAGAGCCACCUCAGUCAGUUGCAGUCGGGCUCCCUCAACAUCACCGAGGCCAAAUGCGACAAGAUUAAAGAGCUGGACUCGGACGCGACCGUCUGGCAGAAGACCCUUCCGAGCUACAUUGACAAAGCAGGUUCCUCUGAAACAGCAGCUUCGAACGAGUCUCUGAACACACCUCAUUCCUCCUUGUCACAUUGCAUCCGGCUUGGUCGCGCCGAUACCUGUGUUCCGGCUCCUCGUGGUAGUGCUCGGCGGCCAAAUGGGGACAGUAACGCAUAUCCUUCGGGAUUGAUCUCUGCCAAUCGAAACUCUGCUUCUCUGGACCUAGCAUCGUCCGGAAGUCAAAUAAAUGACCUCCCACCUUCUCCGUCUUCUGGACCAGCUGUGUCUACUCUAGAACCAGGGCCUCUCUCUCCGGAAACGCCGCACAGGACCCACCCUCGCAUGCUGCGCAACCUUCGGGGUGAACGAGGUAAGCAUUACCUGACUGUAUUCGGACAGGGUCAGGCGCUCAUGAGUCUUAUUCUAGUGUAUAUCGGGAAGGCUGCGUCCUUGUCUUUCCUGCAGCUAGUUCGAGAUACCGUUACACAAUGCAUUGGACCAUCGCAAUUCUCCCACAAUAUGAAAAGCGAAGACAUGCUGGAAACCGAGUCACCAGAUGAUAUUCCCCUUGAGUUAGGCGAUGAAUUCGACGUGCGUCAGCAGCAAUACUAUGUUCAAGCCUACAGUGCAGCAACGAGCGGCUUCAUGCAUGUUCUGUUAGAAGAGGAAGCGAUGCAGCUCCUGAAAGCACCAAUUAGCUCAAGCGCUGAGACCACUGGUAAUCGGGAUCAAACCAGAUCAGCUCUGAUGAAUAUCGUUAUCGCUAUUGGAGCGCAAGCGUCGAAGCACCAUCCCUUAGCAGAGCGUGCUGGAAAGUUCUUCUUCGCUUGUGCUCAGCGCAGCGCAUUUGCAGGGAUGCUCGAAAAUCCAAGCCUGGAUCUAGUGCGUCUCUUUCUUCUGAUGUCAUACUACAUGCUCGGUGCGUGUCGCAGAAACGCCGCGUUCAUGUAUCUAGGGGUAGCUGUCCGGGCAGCAGUGGCACUGGGUCUACAGCUUACCGACCUCGGGGAGACCGUUCCCACGAAGGAACAAGAUAUCAGAGCACGGGUGUGGAUGAGUCUUUGCGUACUGGAUUUACUAGUGAGUUCUAUUCUCGGCAGAGCAGCUGCGACAACCUCAAUACGUUCCCACUCAGAAGACACCUCUUUCUCAUCGUCACACACCGAGAACCAGGCAGAAAAGAGCCUGGUGGCGUCUUUCAAGUUGUCAAAGAUCUUGGAUGAUAUCAUCACUGGGCUUUACGUAAAGCAGGCAGCCUCAGUCGAGGUGGCUGAUGUCCUCUUAACGAAGCUGAAGGACUGGAGUGAUGAUCUACCCGAGUCACUACUGGCGCCCCCUGGGACUGACUAUGAACAGCCUGCGGCUCACCAGCAUAUUAUCGGGAACCUACAUGUCGCGUGCACUUAUCACUUCGCCGUUAUCAUAGUGACACGUCCCUUCUUGAUAUCAGCACUGGGCUUUCAGCUUGCACAGUUAAAUCGCAGUCCCAUGGGCGGCGGCAAUAGUGAACACAAUGAGGAAUUGGCAUAUUCCAAACUAGCAACGGCAUGCGUCGACUCGGCAGUGUAUAUGAUCCAGACAUGCUCAGAGGUCUUCCAAACGCGUCUCUUGCUAGGAAACAUGUGCAUCCUCAAGGCUUUUAUCUUUGCGGCUGGACUAGUGCUAGGUUUCUCCAUGUUCUCCCAGAAAGAAGCAGACCCGUUGCAGGAGGAAACUUACGAUGACGCUCUCGACAUCCUGCGCAUGCUUUCUGAGCGAUCUGCUCAAGCUGCCCACUACCUUGAAAUUCUCAGUCUGCUCAAGAAUGCCGUCUAUGAGCAGCGCCAGCGACUCGCACAGCACGCGCAACAAACCAGAACUCGAUACGUCAGUAAGCUUUUCAGUCUAAAUGACCGCCGCCUUUCAACACAAACCCAAACUGAGACAGUCGCCUCUGCCGGCGAGGAUGUUUCUGAUCCUUCGCAACUAGGAUUAUUUGAGCCGUGGCCAAGUGUGAAUAGUUUCUCUGCCGUGGAUCCUGCCGAGUACAGUGCUGCGCUCACGGGAUGGGGUGGGAUGGAAUUGCCACUGUGGGAUAGUUUCCCAUUCAAUGGUCCAGCUAUGUGA